UUCAGUCAUAACAACCAUCUUGAACCAUGAACAAGGAGAAACGUACCAAAAAAUCCACUCCUGGUGAUGUCAUAGCUGCAGAAAGGAAAGAAUUUGAAUGUGAGAUAUGUGGAAAAAAAUACAGUAGCAAGAGCAGCAAAAAACAGCACUGGAAAAAACAUUGGGAGAAGAAGCAGUACAAAUGCCCAUUAUGUGAAAAAUGCUUCAUAUUCAAGUGUUACAUGGAGAAUCAUUUGAUUUCUCAUUCAGACGAAAAGCUCCAUCAAUGUAAAAUAUGUAAAAAGCAGUUUUCCAGAGCAAGUGGCGUAAAAACCCAUCUUCGACGUAUUCAUUCUGAAAACAGAACUUAUUAUCCAUGUGAUAUAUGCGGGAAAAAAUUCACCUCUAAAACCCAUCUAGAAGAACACAUGAUGAUACAUAUUGGUGUUAAAAUGCAUGUAUGUGAAGUAUGCGAUAAGAAAUUCACUCACUCUGGAAGCUUGACGCAACAUUUGAGAACCCAUACAAAAGAAAAGCCAUAUGCUUGUGAAACAUGUGGGAAGAGAUUCAGCUAUUGCAGCAAUCGCAAUAGACAUGCGAAACACCAUGCAGACCAGAAAAACUAUAAAUGUGAAAUAUGUUCUAAGACCUUUCGUUGGGAGAGCAGUCUUGAGUUGCAUUUGAGAACCCAUAUGCGUGACAAGAGAUUUCAGUGUGAAAUUUGCGAAAAAUACUUCACUGGAAGCCUGAAACGUCAUAUGGUCAUUCACAAUUCAGAAAGAAAUUAUAAAUGUCCAUUGUGCGAUAAAACAUUUAAGAGAUCUUAUGAUGUGCAAAUUCAUUCAACCGUUCACACUGGCAUAAGAAAUUUUGAAUGCAAGAAAUGUGGUAAGAAAUUCAGUCAUGCAAGUGGACUUAACAGACACAUGGUGACUCACACGACUGAAAAAAAAUUUAAAUGUAUAGUUUGUGCAAAAACAUUUAAGCAACCAGCAGAUGUGGAAUAUCAUAUGAAAAUCCACACUGUUGUAUCAUAAAACCUGCAUUCAGCCGCCAGAGUUCUUCCGAGAGAUGGAGAGAAGCUGUGAAUCACCAUGUAAUUAAGCUAGCUUAUCAUACUUCCUCUCCUGCAAUAAAUCUGAAAAUGCCAUAUUAGUGAAUUGUAUUUUUCUUUUACCUAAAAUCGAUGCAGUUGCACAAACAAUUUUGAAUAGAUCAUCGAAUACUAAACAGACCUAAAGUGGGCUAACAGAACUGUAUUUGUUCAUGUGUAUGCAUGCAUUUUUAUAGUGCCGACCUGAACGAUAAUGCUGGUUGAACUUGUAAAUAGCUUAAUUUGAACUGCAGGAGUGUAUUAACACUAGUUAUUAUUAACACUAGGGAUGGGCAAUUCAGAAAAAUUCACAAUAUUAGUGUCAGUAGUGUGCUUCAAUCAAA